UGGAUCAUGGAGUCCCUAAGGCCUUUCUCUUCCGAGUAGCCCUCACAGCCACCCCACGGCACCAUGGGUAUUUUGAAUUUGUGGCUCUAUGAGCUCUGGCUACUACUGCUAGGUUCCAGUUUGAGCGAAAGAUUUUUGCCACUCGAAGAAGACGUAGACUUUAUCAAUGAGUAUGUGAAUCUUCACAAUGAGCUCCGAGGCAACGUCAUUCCCCAAGGGUCUAAUUUGCGCUUUAUGACAUGGGAUGUAGCUUUGUCACGGACUGCAAGAGCAUGGGGGAAAAAAUGUUUGAUUACAUCUAAUAUUUAUUUAGAAGACCUGAAUAUGGCCCAUCCGAGAUUUAAUGGUAUUGGUGAAAAUAUCUGGAUUGGCCCUGAAAAUGAAUUUACUGCAAGUGUUGCUAUCAGAAGUUGGUAUGAAGAGCAGAAAAACUAUAACUAUGAAAAUGACACUUGUACUGAUGACUGUUCUCAUUAUUUGCAGGUUGUUUGGGACAAUUCUUAUAAAGUUGGUUGUGCUGUUACUCCUUGUUCAAGAAUUGGGUAUAUUAAACAUGCAGCAGUUUUUAUAUGCAACUAUGCACCAGGUGGAACUUUGAGGAGAAGGCCUUAUAAAGGUGGAUUAUAUUGUACUGAAUGUGGCAGCAGUGACACAUGCACAGAUUUUUUAUGCAGUAAGAUAAAGAAAUAA